AUGGAGCCACUGCAGACCCGUACUCCAAAGAAGAAGCUGGAUGAUACACCCUCAGUGGGAAGACAGGUUGAAGUGGGCUGGACUACUACCUUUCGCUCGAUUAGUGGAGGCCCGAGAGAACGUUUCGCGUCCCGAACUACGAUGCUCGCUUUGAUCACUCGCUUAGUGGAUCGAUGGAGGCCCGAGACUCACACCUUCCACUUUCGCUGGGGUGAGAUGGCUCCUACUCUACAGGACGUGUCUAUGUUGCUGGGCCUUCCGUUGGCUGGUGAGCCCAUCGGCCCAUUGGAGGAACCCGUGGGAUGGAUGCACAGCAUGGAUGCACGUUUCGUUGGUGUUCGCGAGGGCGUUGGGCCUAUCUCUUUUGAGGCUCACGGCCCUCGUCAGGCGUGGCUACACGAGUUCCAGAUCGAGCAGUUCGGAUACCCCGAUGUACCGAUGACUGCGGCCCAGAUCACUCGCAGCUUGGAGGCGUACCUCAUGUGGCUACUCGGGAAGACGAUGUUCACGGACAAUCACGGGAAUACGAUCAGUGCGCGGUACAUCCCUAUAGCUCAGGAGAUAGCAGAGGCCACCGAAGCAGAGCACAUCAUUCAGAGGAGCUGGGGUUCUGCGGUCUUAGCCGCUACGUACCGAGGUAUGUGUAAGGGUUGCCAGCUAACCUCGCAUGGUUCUGGCAUCGUUGGUUGUCCACUCCUGUUGCAGCUCUGGUCAUGGGCGAGGUUUCCCAUCGGCCGUCCUGAGAUUAGAGAUGGAUCUUGGCCGCCAGACGAGUUGUACGACGCAGAGCGCAUCGACAUGCCGACGUUUGGUUCUCUAUGGACAUCGCGGAAGAGACAUUUUGGGCAUAAUCAGCUAAGAAAUUGCUACCCAGCAUUCACAGAGCAGUUUGACCUACUACUAGAGAGCGAUGUCACCUGGGAGCCAUACAGUGAGGACCACCGCGACGAGGCAUACCCAGGCGGUAUAUCGAACAUGUGUACCAGAGAUUGGGCCUACUGGAUGACGAAGGCGAAGAUCAUCUUCGAUAUCUUCGUGGAGGAGAUGUCGCAGCAGAGGGUCAUGAGCCAUACAGAUUUAGAUGAAGUUAUCAAUUGA